AGUUCAGUACCCCGUACUUGUAUUUGGCAGCUUAUUAUCAACUCCAACCUUCUUCUGUUGUUCAGAGCUCAAUUCCGAUUGAAUUUAGGAGAGAGAAAUGGCAUGCGUACAUGAUCAUAGCUGCGAAGAUCACGAUUGCUCAACUAAUUGGUCUCUUUACAAACACAUCGACCUCCCUAAGGUGUCUGCUCUGAAUGAGGCGAUUCAAGGAAGUGCAAAGUCAGUGUUCAGAUCAUGGGAGCAGCGUCUAAACUCUGCAGGGGCAUUCUUGGAAAGCAAUGACGGUGAUCCUGAAUUGAUUGUUUUCAUCCCAUUCACUUCUGAUGUCAAGAUUAAGGGCAUAUCAAUUGUUGGUGGUGCUGAUGGAACUAGUCCUUCAAAGAUGAGAGCGUUCAUCAAUCGAGAAGGCAUUGAUUUCUCUGAUGCUCAAAGUAUGCAAGCUGUUCAGGAAUGGGACUUAGCUGAGAACCUGCAAGGAGCAUUGGAAUAUCAAACCAGGUAUUCUAAAUUUCAGAGUGUGGGAAAUUUGACUUUGCACUUCCCUGACAACUUUGGUGCGGACACAAGUCAGAUACAUUACAUAGGCUUGAAGGGUGAAGCAACUCAGUUGAAGAGGGAUUUUGCAGUGAAUAUCGUUUAUGAACUUAUGCCAAAUCCAUCUGAGCACAAGACACAUGCUGAGACGGGAGGAGGUGUUUCAGAAGUGUAAUGAAGCUAAUAUUCCUCAGAAUCCUAUGUUCCCUUGUUCACUGCAACAUCUUAACACCAAUAGAGACUGAAACUGAGUGAUGGUCAUGAUACCAACAGUUGUUAAUCUUUGACACAUUUACAUAUUUACUGUAAAUAACUAAAUACCCCGCGUAUUAGGACCGAGAAUAUAAUUUUGAUGUGGGUUAAUUCCAAUCCUCUAGUAUCUUUAAUGUUCUGACUAGUUCCAAAAACCAACUACUGCUGUUAUCUGACAACACCCUCCCACAGAAGAGGGAAAAAAGAGUAAAAGAAGUGCUUGUGCGA